AUGGCAACAAAAGCGAGAGGGGCCAUCAAUGCUGCACAUACCGCAGGCAUCUUUGCCGAUAUGUCCCUCGAUGGACCAGAGAUUGGAACGUUGGUUGCGGUCGUCGACAGAGCGAAGAACCUCCCCAACAGAAAAACAAUGGGGAAGCAGGAUCCUUACUGUGCGAUGAGACUUGGCAAGGAAGCAAAAAAGACCGACACAGACAAGAGAGGUGGUCAGACACCAAAAUGGGACCAAGAACUCAGAUUCGUCGUCCACGAUUCCCUGGACUACUACAAGCUCAAGUGCUCCAUUUUCAACGACGACAAGAAGACAGAUCUUAUUGGAGAAGCAUGGAUCGACCUACAAGAAGUCAUCGUCCCCGGUGGUGGUCAGAAUGACCUGUGGCAUCAGUUGAACUUCAAAGGCAAAUACGCCGGCGACAUCCGGAUCGAAUUGACCUUCUACGACUCACGACCCAAGCCAGAAGCACUAUUCGACAAGAGGAAACAAAGAGACAAGUCUCAUUCCACAGCAAGCGAUAUCGCAGCUAGUGCCGGUGCUGGGAGCAGACAACUUGGCCCGCGAGAGAUUAAAAGGCGGCCUUUGCCGCCAGGCCCAGGAGGCUAUUCAUCACCAGCCUCGGCCCAGAAUACCCCAGAACAACCGCCUUUCUCUACCAUACAACCCGAUUUUGCACCAGAUGCCUGGAUAAACCGACAGCAAAAUAAUACCAAUCCCCCACCACGACCACCCAAGCAUCCCGUUAUGCCCGAAACUCCCGAUGAUAUUGGAUAUGACCUGGUGUCGGAAUGCCCCCAAGAUCAAUAUGAACCAAUGCCUCCCGCAAUGAAACACUCUUACGAUCAAAGAUCAACAUCUUUUGAAGGCGGACAUGGUCAACAAAGGCACCACUUCGAUCAACGACAUUCCUCACAAGAAUAUUAUGAUGACGAUGCAAUUCCUGAUCAAUAUGCAAUGGAUGUAUACGGGGAAAUCCCUCCGAUGCAGGAACAGCCGCUACCUAUGAUUCACAGAGCCAGUCGCUCACACGACCCUUAUGAGCCGAACACGCCGCCGCGUCAUGGACAACCUGCUUCCAACACUUCACCAUACUACUCGUCACCUCCGACUCAGGCUAUUCAAUCAAUGCCAGGUGUGCCUGGACCGCAACCACUUCCGUGGCAGAGUAGAGGUAGUCCCUCGCCAACUAAACAUGCAGUUUACAGAGAUAGCCCCCUUCGACAAUCUAUCAGCCGACAUGAUAUGGCCUCUCAACCUGAUCAUUAUGUCGAGCAACCCUAUGAUGAUGAGCCACCCCCACCGCCUCCGGCUCACGGCAGCCAACUUGUGAGAAUGCCCGUGCCUCCCGCUUCCAAUCAUACCGGCUAUGGUUCACCUAUACGGACACCUGCGAACCACGACUCUAUAGAAGAACGAAGCCCUCUACAAAAGCUGGAGUAUAACCCCUACCAAAGACCCUCCCCUUCGGCUCAAGAAUUCGAUAAUCAGUAUUCGCCUGUCCCCUCCUGCGAGUACGAUGCAGGGGAUGACUAUGGUUCCUACCGUGAUCAGUCUUCCAAGAGACGAAGCUCCAACAAUGGUGCUCCUGACAGCUUUCAACCAAGACCAAGUUCUCACGUCAUGACUCGCAAUGGUCAAGAAUUGCCACAGAAUAGAUCUCAACAAAGGUAUAGUGCAAGUCCACAGGACGAGUUCCGACAUUCUCCUAGCCAUGGACGACCGGCCGACAAUGGACAUCGGAAUAGCUACGGCCCACCUCGACGAGCACAGACCUUUGACAGCUUUGAUGCUGCAGACGAUAGACAAAUGAAACGAUCGGAGCCCUUAGUUGUUCGACCGCGCGCUAUUAGCCCUGCUCACACCAUCCCGCGUAAGUCCAUCACUCCAACACCCACUACUCCAGAAGCGCGAAAUAGCAUGGGAAGCACACCAUUCGGCCCCGACUCGUACGAUGUUCUGAAUCCGGGCACCAGUCCUCUAGCUGAUGUUGGCCCUUUCGCAACCCCGGAACAUGCCAAGGAAGCCUCGCGUCAGAACGAGCUCGACAAAAUGAGGGAUCCAGGGCCAAUCAUAGGUAACGACGGACGUAUAAUUGAUCCGUCAGAUCACUUGCCUGCCGACACUUGGGCUCCUGAGCCUGAGAGGAAAAGUCGUAAACCAGAGCACGUCAUCAAAAUCCGAACAAGGGAGGAGGCACGCAUGCACCAUCGAGCUGGAUCGUCUCCAGCAUCAGCCAGACCGCACUCCAUUGCUACAUCUCCCUAUCAAGCCUCUCCUGAAUAUGCUCAGCCUCCUCAGAGUGAGGUGUCUCCGGCUCUGCCCCCCAAAAUCCCGCCUUCCCCACAGGCAGAAUCUACCCCUGGGCGAAACAGGCUCAAAAAGGCCAUGCCAACUCGUCCACUCCCAAACAACCCCUAUCCUCAUGCACAUACUAGCCCCGCUGUCAUGACUGUCAGCUCACCAGUGGAAAGGCCCAGCCCAACAACUCAAAGGUACUCGAUCGGGUCAUCACCUCCGAGUGGUCAUGUUCAACGCCCGCCUUUGGCCGAAUACCAGAUCCCAGCAGGAAACACAUACCAUCAGCGGGGUGGUUCAGCACGGCCCGACUAUUCACAAUCACCUUCUCCCACGAAAGCGUCAUACCCACCACCACCAAGCGUCGCAGACUAUGGGGGGUAUGGUGCAGAUGAUUCGCUAGCACUUGAGCUCAGUACAAUAGAUAUUGGCCCGUCAAGAGGCCUGCGGACUGCAGUGCGGUCUAGUCGUGGCUAUGGCGGGUACUAG